UUUCCUUCUUAUACAAGCCAUGCCUCCCACCUACCCCAAUCCAUAAAUGGGCAGCCUCCCAACCAACUCAAUCAAUGAGGAGGCUACCUCCCAACCAACUCAAUCAAUGAGGAGGCAGCCAACCCACCCCCUCUCCCUCUAUAUAAAGGGGCUUGGCAGCCCACUCCCUCCUCACUUGCUCUCAUUUCCCACUCUCCACUCCUCUCCACUCCUCUCCUUUGCCUCAUUUCUUUUCACUCCCUACUAUUUCCUCCACUCCCUCACACUCUCCUCCUCCACUUCCCCACGAAAAUGGUGCUCCCCUUGCUCCCAUGGCCGGCCAUAGCCAUGGCAAGCCACCAAGAUGAAGCUCUCCCCCUCCCUCAAGCUCAUCCUCACCAUGAGAGCCUCCCUCUCCUUCUUCUCCCUAACCUUAGAUGGUUUAAUCUCCUCUUCUUCUCCCUCCAUUGCUAAGAUUGGAUCUUGAUGCAGUUGUAUGUUGGUCCAAGCAUGGAGAAGGUUGAGCUAUCCUCAGAUCUGAAGUUCUUGAGCAAAAUCCAAAUCGAGUGGUUCAAAGUUCUGCAGAUAGAUCAAGAUCUGGUCAGAUCUGAAUUUGUCGAAUUAAAUCAGGAGCUUGGAAACGAAUUUUUGAAUGAAACCAGUUGGGGGAUGUUUGGUUUAUACUAUGGUGAUAACCGAGAGAGGCAAUUGCUAAGUUGUGAUACUCUCAUACCUUUACUAGACGCGAGCAAUUCCGGAGAAGAAGAAGAAGUGGAAUUGGACAAGGAUUUUAUUUAUAUUGUUGGGAUUCUUAUAUUGAUGGAGUUGAAGAAGUACAGGGACAAAUAAGCCAAGACUUGAAGGAGUUCGACAGAUGAAGAAGGAGUUGACGACGUCUAUGCGGGCUAGGAACGUCUCCCCAGUCAGUUGCCUGUAGGGUUAUGGCAGAUGACUUGGGUACUG